CCGGAGCCAUGGUGAAGCUCGCUGCCAAGUGCAUCCUGGCAGGUUAACCUGAAACAAAGUGAGGUGAAGACACUGAACUAUUUAGUCAGGAUGGAUUAUGGAGUUGCUGGAACCUCAGAAGCAACUGACCAUCAACUUGCACAAAGCAAAGGUGUGAUCUUUGGCAAAUGCAAAAGAAUUAAUCAAGAAUUAAUCUCCUUUGCACCUCUUUUGACAGGAGAUCCAACUGUGGGAAAGAGUGCUUUAGUCCAGAUGUUCCGCACUGAUGGGGCUCAUUUUCAGAAGAACUACACACUGACAACGGGCAUAGAACUGUUGGUGAAGGCUGUAUCAAUUCCAGAGACAAGUGAUAGCGUGGAAUUUUUCAUUUUUGACUCUGCAGGAAAAGAUCUAUUUUCUGAAGUGCUGGAGAAACUGUGGGAGCAACCCAACGUCCUGUGCCUUGUGUAUGAUAUCACUAAUGAGCAAUCUUUCAACAACUGUGCCAAGUGGCUGGAGAAGCUGAAGGCUCAAGCAGCUGGGAUGCACAUCCCAGGUGUUUUAGUGGGGAAUAAAACAGACCUAGUUGAUCGUCGAGUUGUGGAACAGAAACAAGCACAGGAGUGGGCUGAGAAACAUGGCUUGGAAUACUGUGAGAUGUCAGUGAAGGAGAUGAAAAAUUUUGAGACCCCUUUCCACAUGCUGGCAAAGUCAUUCCACCAACUGUACAGGGAGAAAGUGGAAACUUUUCACUCACUAGCUUGAGGGCUGUGACUGGCAUGACUUACUUAUCCUCUCAGCUUGUUCUAGUGCCCAGAAACCUGCAGACUGGAAUACAGAGUGAAGAAAAGAGAUGAGCUAUUUGCUUCUUCAUGGUCAUCUUCUGGUAAUUCAAAAUAAACUAGAAAUAAGCAAGUGGAAAGACACUCUUCUGCAGUUGCUACCUCAGCAUUCCUUUCAUGUCCUCUAACUUGGCUCUGUACUCACUGAAAGUAUGCUAGGUUGGAGGAGGCGGGGAGUAAAAGGGGAGGGCAGAAUGGAAAUAACCAGCUCUUUGCUUUGAUACUGUCAUGUGUCUUCCCUGAACAGACUUCCUGCUGCUACAAGCGAGGAUUUAGAGGUUUGGAGAAGGAGAGAGGAAGCUGACAGGAUGUUUUUCAACUUAAGCAACCCAGCAUAUGUUGCAGGGCAGGACUGAUUUAGCCCUGAUGCUUGAAAAGCAUUUUCAGUAGGAGGCCUAUGCCCUAAAAUCAACACAUGGAGACCGAGAUAUGUGGGAACUAAGCUGGUUUUAAGUGUGUUUCUAGGAGUAUCCAGUGUUCGAGGCCUGUGUUAACAGCGUUACCCUAAUCAGCUGUAGGACUGAUAUGCUGAUGACUAAUACGUGCUUGUGACUUCCAGAAUCUGGUGCUUUUCUUCAACGUGGCUCACUUUCAGUGCUUGGUAGGAACUGUCUUGCAUCUGUACCGCUGUCAAUUGGUAACGCAGUGCCCUCUGCUGGUCCCAGGUCACAAGGUUUCUCAAGGAGCUACCUCUCUGGAGGCGAGCAGGACUUCCUACAAGCAUAUCCAAACUGGCUAAUAUGCAGAAUGGGAUCAGAUAGCAAGAAUAUCUCUUUUAUUCUAAAUACGAGUGCAAAAUUUGAAACAAAUUCUCUUUUAUUCUUCAUGUGUUUCAUCUUACUUGGUUUUGUGUCAUUUUUCUUUUUGUCAGCUGAGCUCAGCAAUACCAUGCUCUUACUAGGCUCAGACUAGAAUGAGAGUCUUCUUUGUUGUUAAACUUUCCCUGCUUGUCCUUGAAUUUGGGAUUAAAGACCACGAUUUUGAUGUUGCUAGGGGAAACAGGACUAAGGAAAUGAAAGACAGCCCGGCUAAGUUACUGUAACUCAGCCGUGUCUGGCUAGAAGUUUUUUAUCAGGAAGGGUAAAAGUUGAUAGAGAGCUGCUUUUCUGUGGGGAGUACUGAUGUUGCAUGUGUAAGAGUCUUUUUGCUGAUGCAGUAUGUGAAAGCAUCCAUGGUCAGGUACUGCCUUGUAACAGCUUAAUGCUGAGAAGUUCAAAACUGUAACCUUCUUUUCUCCCAGAUUGUGUCAGCCUCCCUUGGACAUGGGAGGCUGAAUUUUGUACUCAUAAGUACUACAGUGAUUUUUCAGGCAGGCUUUUCAGGAAUCUGUGUUUCAAGGCUUUUAUACAUUCAUUUUAUAACCAUAUUUAUGCCCAGUGCUAGGAAAAGUACAUUGGAUUGAACGUAAGAAAUAUCACUGCAGAUGUUGUAGCAGAGGUUAUGAAGCACUUAGAGAAUCUGGAGAAGCAGCUGGGCUUAUUUCACUGGUAACUGUGUGUUUAUGCUGGGAAUUAGCUAGGGAGCAUGAAUACCAGCUAAAGAGGUUAAGUAGGAGCUCAGCCCAAAAGAAAAGGUAUCAGUUCUUUUGCUAGAAGCCACCUCAAAAAAUGACAGAACCACCUGGGAAAGCUCUUGCUCCCUGUAAAGAAGGAAGGACUCCUCUACGGGCUUAGGGUAACUAGAAGACUCACUCUUUUUUGAGUUGAAUUAGCAUUACUGGCAUUUGUAUCUUACAUUGGUUGUCCUGUUAACCCUGGGAGGUGUCUGUUGAUUUCCAUGGGCUGAGUGGAGUCUCAUCUGCAGGUGUUGAUACCUUUGACUGUUAAGAAUAUUAAGACUAUUAAGAAUGAAAGUUAUUUUGGAUGCUGUGCUGAUCUAGUUAAAGAACUAAAGAAAGCUUGAUUUGAUUUGGUAGCUCAUUUCCCCUGGUUCUAUUGAUGUUGUGAUUACAGCACAACACAGAUACUUUUUCAUAUUGAAAAUAGCAUGCCAGGUGUGUAUGCCAGCUGUGACGUGGUAUAUAGGGGGAAUGAAUGCCUUGGGAAUGGGUGAUGAAAUGAAUCCUAUGCAGUCUUUAACCAGGGAGUUCAAUCUCUCUGUACCAGAAGGACCUCCUGUAACUUCAAAUAAACAGUCUAAAUGCACCAGUAAGAUGAAGAUGGGUGAAUGCUGUUUUAUUAAAUGAAUGCAAAAGCUGGAGGAUCUCAUUAAGGGAAUGCUUGCAGUGGUGAUUUGUGAUUUAUAGGGGAGCUGCUUUUGAGAGGUUAGUGAAGAAAAAUGCAUCCCAUGCAGGGAAAGAUGUAUUGCCUGAGAGAGGAAAUGUAUGAUCUAAUUAGCUAGCAGUAGGGAUUCACCCACUGCCCCUUUCCCUCUUCUCACAGGCCAUGACUAGAAUUAGAAAAGAGGCUGUGUCUAAAGCAUGUUUCCCAACUUGCCUUUACAGGACUAUUUCAAGCACUAAAUUAAUGUUCUUCAAAGUGGUAUGUUUGACAAUAAUCAUCUCAGUCCUUCCAAAUGCAUUUUAAAAGCAUCAUAUAUUGUCCUUCCUGGCUA